AGGUGAGCUGGUGCAGGGCGUGUUCCGGCCGGCGGGGGACAGUAGUGAGUGAUCGGCAGUGAGAGGAGAGCGGGCUGGAGAGGAGCAGAAGAAGACUGAAUAAUAACAGCGCUGCUGGGAUUUGUGAAAGAUGUCGGAGCCGAGAGCGUAUAAGAACCCGUAUCCGGACUACAGCGGUCCCGAGAGCGUGCAGGGAAUAUUCGACGCUCAUGGCAGAUUGACGGCCGCGUUUGCUGGGCGUAUCAGCAGUAAGAUCAGCGAGCUGCUGGCGGUGAUGGAGAACGGGCUGAAGAGUGCCGACCCGAGAGACUGCACAGGCUACACAGGCUGGGCAGGUAUCGCUCUGCUGUACCUGCACCUCCACACGGUGUACGGAGACCCGGCCUUCCUGCAGAGGGCGUUCGACCACGUCAGCCGCAGCCUGAAGUGUCUGACCGGGAGCCGGGUCACGUUCCUGUGCGGGGACGUCGGGCCCCUCGCCGUGGCUGCUGUGGUGUACCAUCGCCUGCAGAGGCCCCAGGAGGCAGAGGAGUGUAUCAACAGGGUGCUGCAGAUGCACAGGACCGUGGUGAAGAGCACCGGAAACUUACCCAACGAGCUUCUGUACGGCCGAGUGGGCUACCUCUACUCCCUCAUCUUCAUCAACCAGCAGCUUCAGCAGGAGGUCAUCCCCGCCCAGUACAUCCAACAGGUCUGUGAUACGGUCUUGGCUUCGGGUCACAAUCUGUCUCAGAGGAUGAGGAUUGUAGAGCAGAGCCCGCUGAUGUACGAGUGGUACCAGGAGCAGUACGUGGGUGCUGCCCACGGCCUGACGGGCAUCUACUACUACCUCAUGCAGCCCGGCUUCAUGACGGAUGAGGGCAGGUUGUUGGCGCUGGUGAAGCCCAGCGUGGACUUCGUGUGUCGGCUAAAGUUUCCCACGGGGAACUACCCCCCGUGCGUCGGAGACGAGCGUGACCUGCUGGUGCACUGGUGCCACGGCGCUCCUGGAAUUAUCUACAUGCUGCUGCAAGCCUAUAAGGUGUUUGGGGUGCAGCAGUAUCUGGAGGACGCAGUGCGCUGUGGGGAGGUGGUCUGGCAGAGGGGUCUGCUGAAGAAGGGCUACGGCCUGUGCCACGGAGCCGCGGGCAACGCCUACUGCUUCCUGUCCCUCUACAAACUCACCCAGGACCCCAAGUACCUGUACAGGACCUGCAUGUUUGCAGACUGGUGCAUGAACUAUGGGAAACAUGGCUGCCGGACUCCGGACACACCUUUCUCUCUCUUUGAAGGAAUGGCUGGAACGAUCUACUUCCUCGCUGAUCUGCUGCAGCCGCUGGCUGCCAAGUUCCCAGCGUUUGAGGUGUAAAAAGAGAACAAGGUCCGCCGCCACAGGUCACUGGUACUGUGAAGCACCAGCUGAUCAGAUGGUAUUAAGUAGUGCUUUGCAACAAAAAGCCUGAAGCCUGGAUCUGGAGCAUCGCUAACUUCAGAACUGUGACACUCUAAACCGCUCUCCAUUCUACUUCUUCUGCAUGCCUCCAGUUCACGGGAACUUCACGUCUUACUGGAACCGCCAAACCGCUGGGGUUUUAACGGGGUGGUAAGCACUUACUGUUGCACUUAAUGUUGGGCGUAGGUCUUUGUAACGGAUAGUUUAUUGAUAUAUAUCAGUUGUUUUCAGUAAAACAGACGAGUGUUAUUUUUGUAUUAGUGCCAUCCCUGCUUCCUCUUUACCGAUCCUCUCACAGUAAACGUACUUUUGUGUUGGCGUUAACGUAACUUCGUAACUUUGCUUUGCACUAAGACCGCCGAGGUCUUUAUCUGGACCAGGCGUCGCUUGAUGAUCAUAAUUGACUUUAGAGGACUCGUAACUCAGCGCAACGCAACGCAGUGCUAGCUGUUUGUCACAAUAGUUAAAAGAACUUGUUUCUAAUGUUCCUCUACGGGGUUUUUCCUUUUUUCUUUUGCGUUCUUUCUUUCCUUCUACCAAUGCUGUUCACUUUCAUCUGCUCAGUAAUAAACUGUAAAGUGAGAAGAA